CUCCCUCGCUCUCUCUCGCUCUCUCUCUCUCGUCUCUACUUGUGGUUCUCUAGUCUCACGGUGAGCAGAGCAGAGCAGCGGUGGUGGGUGUCACAGAAAGUGCAAAGCAGCUCUGAGGUGUCACUACAGCCAUAGAAGAUGAUGUUGAAGACAGCGUAAUGCCAUGGAUCUCUGUCAGCCACACAGACAGAAAGCUGUUCAACAGCCAACGCAGACAUUUCAACAGCAAAGCAUAGCGCUGAUUUGCAGUUUUCAGUAGCAGCAUUUGUUGAGAGACAAAUGUUGUUCAACCAACUUCUUGCAAGACUCCCUUGAUGAAUAUACUGUCAGGAGUGUGAAUGGAAAUGCUGGUGUGGUCCAGUUGCAGCACAGCAUAGAUUAAAAGCUAGAGUUGGUGGGAUUCAGUUCCAGAAACAACAGCUAACAGUCAAGUAAAUUAGCAGGAAAUAUAGGAGAGAGAGGGAGACAUAGGGAUCACAUGUGGCCAAGAUAUUUAGUCACAUUUCACCAUGGAAACAUUGAGAUUAGAUUGUAUGCACCUUGAUAAGUCAGAGUACCCAGGCACUCAGAGCAAACAUAUUUAAUAACAUUAUACACCUUUUCAUCUAGUUUAAAUCUGAGAAGAAAAUGGUUCAAGUGAAGCUCUAGCCAUGAUGUCAUCAGGUUAUCUCCAGUGAAGCACCAGCAAUAAUGUUCUCAAAAAUGGUACUGGGUCUCAUCCUAUCCCUCCUCAUCCUUCUGACAGUCGGUGGUAAUGUGCUGGCGUGCCUGGCUGUAUGCGCCUCUCGACGCCUCCGCUGCCUCACAAACUGCUUCAUUGUGUCGCUGGCUAUUACAGACCUGCUGCUUGGCCUCUUGGUCCUCCCUUUCUCCGCCCUCCUCCUGCUCACCGAUGACUGGCCCCUCGGCCCGGUCUUUUGCAACUUCUACAUCUCCAUGGAUGUCAUGCUCUGCACUGCCUCCAUCCUCACCCUCCUGGCCAUCAGCGUGGACCGCUACCUGGCAGUGACUAUGCCCCUGAGAUACACCUCACUGGUGUUGCCUUGGAGAGUUGCUGUGGCCAUGGUGAGUGUUUGGACAGUGUCUGUGGCAGUGUCUUUCUUGCCCAUCCAAAUGGGGUGGAACACUGUUAAUGGGACAGUGCAGAACCAUGGGCCUUGGGCUCCAGAGAGGACAUGUCGUUUUGAGCUGAACAGACCCUACGUACUGACCGACUCUCUUCUCACCUUCUACCUGCCUCUGGUGGCUAUGUGCUGGACCUACCUCAGAAUACUUCACAUUGCACGGGCACAGGCCAAGCGCAUUGUCAGUACCCGUCCCAUGUGCGGCGCCAGCUACGACUGCAGGAAUCACCCUUCCACCGGCACCACUGUGGUUUCCAGUGUCACAGCGGUGGCUCUGCGGGAGCACAAAGCUACAGUGACACUGGCAGCAGUGAUAGGGGCUUUUGUGGUGUGCUGGCUGCCUUAUUUCCUCCUGUUCACAGUGUUGGGCCUAAAGGAGCAUCCAGACCCUAACACAGUACCAGAAUUUCCCAUUGUGUUAUGGCUGGGUUACGCCAACUCAGCCCUCAACCCUAUCCUCUAUGGAGCCCUCAACAGGGACUUCAGGUCAGCCUAUGCCCAUCUACUGAGAUGUCGAUGUCCUUCUUACAGCGGGUGGAGAAGCAGACAGCCAUGUCCCACUGUAACAGCAGCUAGAGACCAGCUUACAGAGGUGACACUGCUGUGUGGUCACACCCCUGUUUCCUGCAGGGCAGGUCUAACAGAUCAAAACUUCAUGCUACAAGAAAUGAGCAGCAGGACAGCCACAGCAACUAUCCAGUUUGCAAAUGGCACUGCUGCCACAGAUGUCAAUGGCAAUGAAAGGUCAUGCUGAGCCUGUGCCGGUGAGGUGGAUGCUGUGUUCACUUUAUUGUGGUUACAACCCACCACCAGAAUCCAUCAGCCUGAGGAGAAAGAACACCAGACAGACAAAAAGAUGGACAGAGAUUUACAGACCAUCUGUUUGGAAGCCUUCAGUGCCACAGCAGAAGCACCAAUCACUCACUCUAUCCAUAACUUAACAAAUAAAAACGGGAGAAAGUUGGACCUCAGCAACUCCACAUCUCAUCAGCAAGAAUCAACUGUACACCCGCAGCAGGCCUCAAACCAUCCGAACAAUUGAUUAUGUUCCUCCUACGUCCUAAAGUGGAUGGAGCUCAAGAUUUCUAAUACAAGUCAUACCACUGCAUCCAACCAUCACACAGGGGGGCAUGUGGCCCUAGCAUGCUCUUGAACUAACUGUGGAUAGUAUUGAAGCUCUGAAUGCAAUCUGAAUGGAUGACUGAAUGAAACCAGCCAAUUAACUUGUUGAUCGUCAACCUCAUGAACUACGUUUUUUUUAUGCUAACUCAAGAGUACACUCCAGUGGAAGCACGAAGUAUCACAACUUUAACCUGGACAAAAUAAAUGGACGUUAAAAUUAAAAAUGGAUGUCUCACUGAAUCAAAGGAAAUGGACAAAUGCAAAGGGACAAAGUGACACUGGGACUCAUAUACACUCAUUUCAUGUAGGAUCUCUUGAAAUGUGUGACAUUUGAAUGUGUAGCAUGCAAAGUAAUGUUAUAUUUAAAUUUCAAAGAACGCAGUCUCCUCCAGUUUUUGCCUUUACUGUCCUUCAGUGACAAAGCUGGCAAUUGUAUGUAUUAUAUUAAAUUGUAAAAGUAACUGAGGACUUGAAAAAAAUGGGAUGU